AUAUAUACGAUCACGCAGCACGCUCGAGAGAUAAAAGAGGAGACGAAGAUUUGCUAACACUCAGGGGCAAAAAGAGAGAAAAAGAUGCAGAUCUUCGUGAAAACCCUCACCGGAAAAACGAUAACCCUAGAGGUGGAGAGCAGCGACACCAUCGACAAUGUCAAAGCCAAAAUCCAGGACAAAGAAGGUAUACCACCAGACCAACAAAGGCUCAUCUUCGCCGGGAAGCAGCUUGAAGACGGCCGAACCCUAGCCGAUUACAACAUCCAGAAAGAGUCUACUCUCCACCUCGUCUUGAGGCUCAGAGGUGGCACCAUGAUCAAGGUCAAGACCCUCACCGGCAAAGAAAUCGAGAUUGAUAUCGAACCAACCGACACUAUUGACCGUAUCAAGGAACGUGUCGAAGAGAAAGAAGGCAUCCCUCCCGUCCAACAAAGGCUUAUCUAUGCAGGGAAGCAGCUUGCUGAUGACAAAACUGCCAAAGACUACAACAUAGAGGGUGGCUCUGUUCUUCAUUUGGUUCUUGCUCUUAGGGGUGGUGGUUGUGUUUGAAAUCAAAACAUGUAUCUUUCUCUUCUUAUCUAUAUUUGAAAUAUUUAUCAUCUUUUCUCUGAUUGUGUUUUGGACUUCAUAUGAACCCCCUGAUUUGAUAUGAUGAUAUUGGCAUGUUGGUUA